AUGGGCGAUUUCGAAAUUGACGAUUUUUUCGGGAAUGAUAAUUUGGGAGACGAGCCGACAGUAGAAGAGGAAGAAGAUAGAGAGAAUGCCGUCGACAGUUUGUUUGCCGAGGAAAAGAAGGAAGAUCUCGCCAAGAAAAAACCAAAAAGAAAAAUCCCUGAUGCGGCAAGGUUCAACGAAGCAUUACUGAUGGGACCAAAGGGAAUAAAACAUUUAUCCGAACUCUGCCAGACAUUUAAAUUUGACCAAAAAGCUGGACCGUAUCAAAAUCUGGAAAACGUGAUGAAGCUCUACCAGCACUGGGCUCAUGUAAUGUACCCGAAGUUCAAAUUUGAAGACACCGUCGCUCAAUGUGAGAAAUUAGGUGGAAAGCGAGCAAUCAAAAUUUACAUGGAACGAAUGAGACAAGGAAUGACAAUGUCUCCGGAAGAAUUCGAUCAAUUACAUGGAAAAUCCAACGAAAGAGAGGAGGACGAAGAACGAACCAUGGAGCUGGAUACUUUUUCGAAAUCGAUUUUUGCUGAAGAAUCCACCGAUCAAUAUCCAGAGCCUUCUACUAAACCGAAAUCCAACCAAGUUGAUGAGCCUGUAGCCGCUUCCGCUCCCCGCGUGCUCACCGAGGAAGAAAGAAGGAAAGUUGCUGAAAAUCGACUACGAGCUUUGCAGAUUCGAGAGCAAAAACAAAAAGAGAAGGAACUGGCAGCAAAGAUGGCCGAAGAGGAAGAAGCUAGGUAUGCGGAAGUCGCCGAAGAAGCUGUGCUCGUGGACGUUUCACCACCGCCGGAAGCAAUGCAAGAUGAAAUGCUCGACGAAGAAAAUAUUAUGAAUGAAUUAGGCUUU